UAAGUGCCUGAGCAGUUGAGUGCGCGACAACGCAAUGAAUAGAUCCCUGGCCAUCCUCCUUGUGGUGAUAAUCGGCUGCGGCAGCCUGGAGCUGCUACAGGCCCGCACCGCCCCACUACUGUCUGCGGACAAAACGCACAAGCGCUGGGUGCGCCGCCGUGUGGCGCGCUACGAUCCCGACCUGGAGAUUGUCGAGGUGAAGGACGUCUACUAUGUGCGGCGGCCCAAGAAGGUGGUGACCAAUCCCAUCAGCGAGGACGAAAUGGACAAGCGAGUGCGUUGCGACUUCGAGCCGCAGCGCAGUGAAUGCCAGGACCUGCGCCCCACGACCACCACCACCACCACCACCACUGAAGACUCCUUGGAUCGGCGCAUCCGCUGCGACUUUGACCCCACGGCAGCUGAUUGCCAGGCAGCAGCGACCACACAGCGAACGCCACGAAGCACCACACGAGCCACCACCACAACGAGCAGCACCACCAUCGGCACCACAGCCAGCACUAGCACCAGCAGAAGCACAAGCAGCACAACCACGGAUUUGCCACUGCUGCCCGAACUCACUGAACCCGAGGAGGUGACUGAAGAGGUGCCGGAGGAGGUGCCGGAGGAGGUGCCGGAGGAGGUGCCGGAGGAGGUGCCGGAAGAGGUGCCGGAGGAGGUGCCGGAGGAGAAGCAGACGACUACAGAGGCUGAUUUCAUGCUGCCCGAAGAAGAUGAGGAAGAUCCAGAUGCCAGCAAGAACACCGAUGCGUAUGAAGAUGGCACAGAUGGGGACGUGGACGAGGAGGACGACUACGACACUGAUGUCGAUGAAACCACCGGUUCGAUUGGCAAUAACGACAUAACGAGCGAGUGGAAUAUACGCUAAUCCACGCGGAAGUUCGCAUUCGCUCUCCACUCGCUUUAACGUACGAAUAUCUUCCUUGAUGUGCGCCAUUUGAGGCUGCGGCGCAAUUAACUUGAAUUAAGCGCGAAAUUCCGGAGAGCUGAACGAGCUGAAAUAAAAUUGCAAUGACGGAAAUCAGUGUCUGUCCUAAGCGAGGGGAGAUCGAACUGAAACAUAGUGGAAUUAAAUGUUUAAACACAUUUGGGCAUCGCUUUGGGGAUCAGUCGUUCUUUUUCUGUCAACUAUAAAUGCAGAUAACUUUUAGAAACUUUA